UAUGACAACUACUUUAGUAACAUUUUCAGAACACAGUUGUGAGGAUAGAUUCUCAUACCAGUGCCAACAAGUCACUGCUCCUUGUGGUGCAUCACCAAACAUUGCCAUGGCAACAAAGGUAUACAGCCAGUGUAGCUCCAAUUGUUGUUUUGUGGGGGGACAGAUAAAUUAUACUUGCCAAGCAGGAUACCAGCUCACUGGAUUUGAAGGCUCCAUAACAUGUAACAGUGAUGGGAACUAUUCUGUUGAUGCAAGUGUUGGAACUUGUGUUGCAUUAUCUUGCUCUAAUUACACCCUAAACAGCAACAAUCAUGUGACAGGCAAUGACACCAGUGGAAGCUACGUGUAUGGAACAGUGAUAGAGUUCACAUGUGAGGAUGGUUAUGAGCUGGUCGGAGGAGGAGGAGCUACCACAAAACUUGUUAGAUGUAAUGCAUCUGGAGCCAGAGUAGACUGGGACUCAACAGUUCCCACAUGUCAGGCAUUUUCUUGUUCUAAUUACACCCUAAACAGCAACAAUCAUGUGACAGGCAAUGACACCAGUGGAAGCUACGUGUAUGGCACAGUGAUAGAGUUCACAUGUGAGGAUGGUUAUGAGCUGGUUGGAGGAGGAGGAGCUACCACAAAACUUGUUAGAUGUAGUGCAUCUGGAGCUGGAGUAGACUGGGACUCAACAGUUCCCACAUGUCAGGCCCAAUUUUCAGGGAAGCACAGGAAACUCACCUCCACAACCAGUGGUAGUAUUCUUGAGGGGAAUAUCAAAAGAAUACUUUUAGGAGCAGUCAUAACAAACUGUCACUCUACUUGGCAAGAUUUCUGAGAUGUUCCAGGCAUACUUGAACACCCAUCUGAUGGUCAAUUUGUAUAUCAUGGAGUGGGUGAAGGUGAGAUUAGACUGCAAUGCUUCUGAUGGGAUGCAUUCAUGGCAUUUAUGGUGUUGCAAUAAUGGUAGAUUGCCC